AUGGAGUUCUCUAUCUCUUGCCUUCUUCUAAUUCUGUCCUCCAUUCUCUUGCUUUCCCAGCAGAGCAAUGCAAGAAAAGACUUGGGAGGCUACUGGAAGAGUGUGAUGAAUGACCAGCCAAUUCCAGAAGCCAUCAGAGACCUCUAUUUCCAUCAAGAUCAUGAAGAUCAUUUGCCAUCUCUCGCUGGUUCAAGAGAAAAAGACCAUUUUGUUAGGGACUUUGGCAUUAGGCCUAAUGCUAUAUUUUACCAUGGAGCUCAUCAUCAUCAUCAUCAGCAGCAGCAGUCUGCAGAAGACAAGCCCAUGCAUGAUAUGGAGCCCAAAGAAGAAACUUCUUAUAUUGAAACAGUCACCCAUGGCUGA